UCACACGUGGACUCAGUUCCCAGCUCAAACUCACCCCUCCCAGUGCACACUUACACCGGCCCAUUGUCACUCACACCUCCCCUCGCCAGCGCCGCUCACACCCCCCACGGUGAACACUCAGACUCCGCCCCGUCCCCUGAGGGUCGGUCCUGUCAAAGUGUUAAACAAGAGGUGAACAAACGGUGGAGAGAAGGCGAGAGCAGCGUGCAGGGAGCAAGGAGAAAGCACAGAGAGAGAGAGAGAGAGACAGAGAAAAUCAGGAGGAUCGGGAGCGCGGAGCGAGCACAACGCUGAACCGCCGCCGAAACUAAUUUGGGUGCAAAGCCGCGGAAGGAGGUCCCCUCGCCGGCAAAAUGUCUAACUUCACCGGGAACUGGAAAAUGAAGAGUAGCGAGAACUUCGAGGAGCUUCUGAAAGUUUUGGAGGUGGGCCUCCUGCAGAGGAAGAUCGCAGUGCAGGCGGCCUCCAACCCCGCAGUGGAGAUCAAACAGGACGGUGAGAGCUUCUACAUCAAGACAGCCACCAAGGUGAGGACUACUGAAAUACGAUUCCGGAUCGGCGAGGAAUUCGAGGAGCAGACCGUGGACGGCAGGCCUUGCAAGAGUUUGGUUCGGUGGGUUGGCGACAACAAGAUGGAGUGCGAGCAGCAGCUGCUAAAGGGACAGGGCCCCAAAACCUCCUGGAGCCGCCAGCUGACAGCCGAUGACCAGCUCAUCUUGAUAUUGACAGCCGAUAACGUGGUCUGCACUCGCCACUAUGUCCGGAAGUAAGACAGCGGAUUAGCUGAGGGACAACACCCCCACCUGGAGUCACCAGUAGCGUUUCGGCAGCCAGUACCUGCACUCUGACCCCCGACCCCUGUGGAUGAACCAAUUCACUAAAGACCAGUUCCGUCCCACCACGAAGCCCCUCGUCAGGAGCCCCGGACACCUGCCGCUCUAGGCAGCGCCCGCCCCGGCCGAUGCAUCACCACACCACAACAACGCAUGUCGCUGUCCAUUUCCGUGUCUGUGUCCAUGUCCGUGUUAUUCCCAAUAAAACCAGGAGCUGGGUCCAC